CAAUUGUGUGACACAAGAAGAGCAACUAUUGGCCGUCUUCAUUGAGGGAAACUGCUGGGCUCGGGUUUGCUUCAGCAAAUCUUGCCCCUCGCCCUCCGCAAGACGGGUAUGGCCAGCUACCGCAGCGCCCUUGGCAGCCCGCGCCUUCCGGCCCCCGCGUGCCCGCCAAGGCGGACGCGGCCCGAACGCCGAGGCGCCCCACCCCCACUCCGUGCACGUGACGAGGGGGGAAUAGUGUUCCUUCUCUCCUCCCCACCCCCCUCCCCCGAAACCCUGCCUUCUCUUGAGAGGCUACGGCUUUCUAUUGCACCACUACUGGAAUGACCCCCGUGCCGGCCAAUAAGAACGCGCCGCUUCAAGUAAGACCCGCCCCCUGUGGGUCCUCAGGUUCCUUCCCGCUCGCACCGGAGUCACUUCCGAAGAGAGAGAACCGCCAUGAAGAGGGAAGGGGGUGCCGCCCACCUCUGCUCCGACAGCAUCCCCGAGUCCCAGCAGCAAGACGGCAACCACGCAUCCAACUUCUCCAGCUACAGCUCAUGCCGCCGUCGCCAGCGGCGCCGACAUGACAAGGCGCUGCAUGCCCGCUAGGCCAGGUUUCCCCUCAUCCCCAGCCCCGGGGUCGUCGCCCCCGCGCUGCCAUCUGAGACCCGGUAGUACCGUCCCUGCUGCAGCGGGAAAGAAAACAGAGAGUCCUGGGGACAGGAAACAGUCAAUUAUAGAUUUCUUCAAACCAGCUUCAAAACAAGAUAGACGUAUGUUGGAUUCUCCACAAAAAUCGAACAUCAAAUAUGGAGAAAGUGGAUUGUCCAUCAGUGGGACAGAGCAGUUUGAAAGGAAACUAUCCUCACCAAAAAGUUCUAAACCCAAAAGAGUGCCAUCAGAAAAGAGCCCCGUCUUAGAGGCAUUCAUAAAAGGUGUUAAAAAGCACCAUAGAGACCAUGGUGUACAUGAGUCACAUCAGCCUUGUGUGUCACUGGACACCAAAUAUUCAAAGGCAGUUACAAAAUACGUUCCUCCUUCAUAUCUCUUGUCAAAAGAGACCAAGAAAAAACAUCAGUCUUCAGAGGGAAGGAAGUCACAUUUCAUUCAUGAAAAUAGCAGGGAGAAGAAUGAUGGCAAUCGAGGCAGGAUCAGUGCAGAUUCUAAGAAGCAGGCCACGGUGACAGAAGCUGACAUCUUCAAGAACAGCUCCCGAAGUCUUAGCAGCAGGAGCAGCCUAUCCAGGCACCACCCAGGAGAAAGCCCACUGGGAGCUAAGUUCCAGUUAUCUCUAGCUUCUUACUGCAGAGAAAGAGAACUAAAGAGAUUGAGAAGGGAGCAAAUGGAGCAGAGAAUCAACUCAGAAAAUUCUUUCUCAGAAGCAAGCAAUCUUUCCUUAAAAUCUUCUAGUAUAGAAAGAAAAUGCAAACCAAGGCAGGAACUGAGUAAACAGAAUGAUGUCACACCUGGAAACAGUAAUCUUUCAAACCUGGAAAACGGACAUCUCUCAAGAAAAAGAUCCUCUUCUGAUUCAUGGGGACCUGCUUCAGCAGGCUCUAAGCAGAAUAAAUUCCCUGACAAAAGAAAAAGGAACUCUGUGGACUCAGAUCUGAAAAGCACAAGAGAAUCUAUAAUGCCAAAAGCAAAAGAGUCGUUCCUUGAGAAGCGUCCUGAUGGACCACAUCAAAAAGAAAAAUUUAUAAAACAUAUUGCACUGAAGACACCUGGUGAUGUAUUGCGCUUGGAAGAUAUAUCCAAGGACCCAAAUGAAGAAGCUGAUUGCUCCUCUGCAGACUUGACACCGACAAAUUCUGGGCACCAUUCUUCCAGGAGUAGUGACCAAAUCCGUGUGGCAAGUACCAAAGAGACUAAGAUACCGAAACCCCACUUAUCUUUACCUCAGGAAAAGUCUGCAGUUAAAAAAGCUAGCAACCUUCAGAAAAAUAAAACUGCUAGCUCUGUGUCAUCACAGGAGACAAAACUUCUACCUUUGCUUUCUCAUGUUCCAAGUGCUGGUUCCUCUCGGGUUCCAUUAAAUGCUAAAAAUUGCACUCUUCCAGUUCCUAAAAAAGAUAAAGAGCGUUCUUCACCUAAAGAAUGUUCUGGGCAUUCUACAGAGUCCUCCACACACAAGGAACACAAAGCAAAGACUAAUAAGGCUGAUUCUAACAUAUCUUCAGGGAAAAUUUCUGGGGGAUCUUUACGUUCAGAAUAUGGCACUCCUACAAAGUCUCCCCCAGCUGCUUUGGAAGUUGUGCCAUGUAUUCCAAGCCCACCAGCACCUUCAGAUAAAGCCCCUUCAGAUAAAGAGAGUUCAGGAAAUUCUAAUGCAGGUAGCAGUGCACUGAAAAGGAAACUAAGGGGUGAUUUUGAUAGUGAUGAAGAAAGUUUAGGUUAUAACCUAGAGAGUGAUGAGGAAGAGGAAACAUUAAAAUCACUGGAAGAAAUAAUGGCUUUGAACUUCAAUCAGACUCCUACAGCUACAGGAAAGCCUCCGGCUCUUUCUAAAGGGCUUAGAUCUCAGUCAUCAGACUAUACAGAACAUGCUCAUAGUGGGACUUACACAAAUACUUUAGAGCGUCUAGUGAAGGAGAUGGAAGACACACACAGGCUAGAUGAACUGCAAAAGCAACUACAGGAAGACAUCAGGCAGGGCCGAGGCAUUAAAUCCCCAAUCAGAAUUGGUGAUCACGACAGUACUGAUGAUGAAGAUGGCCUCUUAGAAGAGCACAGAGAAUUUCUAAAGAAAUUUUCAAUUACAAUCGAUGCUAUUCCUGAUCAUCAUCCAGGCGAAGAAAUAUUUAAUUUCCUUAAUUCUGGAAAAAUUUUCAGUCAGUAUACUUUGGAUUUGAGAGACUCUGGUUUUAUCGGACAAAGUGCUGUAGAAAAGCUUAUUCUUAAAUCAGGAAAAACAGAUCAAAUUUUUUUGACAACACAAGGCUUCCUUACCUCGGCUUAUCACUAUGUCCAGUGUCCUGUACCUGUGUUGAAGUGGCUAUUUCGGAUGAUGUCAGUUCAUACAGACUGUAUUGUAUCUAUGCAGAUUCUAAGUACAUUAAUGGAAAUAACAAUAAGAAAUGAUACCUUCAGUGAUUCACCAAUUUGGCCCUGGAUUCCAUCAUUGUCUGAUAUAGCUGCUGUGUUUUUCAAUAUGGGAAUUGAUUUUAGAUCUUUAUUUCCUCUGGAGAAUCUUCAGCCGGACUUUAAUGAAGACAAUCUAGUUUCUGAAACACAGGUGACAUUGGGAGUGAAAGAAAAUGAAGAUUCAUCUUACAAGCCAAUUUUUUCAUCUCUCCCUGAAACUAACAUUUUAAAUGUGGUUAAGUUUCUAGGCUUGUGUACAUCUAUACAUCCAGAAGGUUACCAGGAUCGUGAAAUAAUGUUACUGAUCUUAAUGUUGUUUAAAAUGAGUUUGGAAAAAGAAUUGAAACAGAUUCCUCUAGUAGACUUUCAGAGCCUCUUAAUAAACCUGAUGAAAAACAUCAGAGAUUGGAACACAAAGGUGCCUGAACUCUGUCUGGCCAUAAAUGAACUCUCCACUCAUCCCCACAACCUUCUCUGGUUGGUACAGCUGGUCCCUAACUGGACAUCACGUGGAAGGCAACUGAGACAGUGCCUCAGCCUAGUGAUUAUUUCAAAGCUUUUGGAUGAAAAACGUGAAGAUAUCCCUAAUGUGAAUAAUCUGCAGAUAUCAGUCUUACAUCGCUAUCUUGUGCAAAUGAAGCCUUCAGAUUUGUUGAAGAAAAUGGUCUUGAAGAAAAGAGCUGAACAACCAAAUAGCACUAUUGAUGAUAGUCUUCAUUUGGAACUUGAAAAGCAGGCAUAUUACCUGACCUACAUUCUUCUUCAUUUAAUCGGUGAGGUUAGUUGUUCUCACUCCUUUUCUUCUGGACAACGGAAACACUUUGUGCACCUCUGUGGGGCUUUGGAAAAGCACGUUAAGUGUGAUAUUAGGGAAGAUGCAAGACUGUUUUAUAGAACUAAGGUAAAAGACUUGGUUGCCAGGAUACAUGGAAAAUGGCAGGAAAUAAUCCAGAACUGUCGGCCUACUCAGGGGCAACUUCAUGACUUUUGGGUACCAGAUUCUUAACAGGAGUUGCAGCAAAAAAAAUUAUGAACCAAGAGAAAUUCAGUAAGAGCCUUUCCUAAAGGAAUGCUACAGAAUCCAAUGGAAAUCUAAGAAAAUGUGCAGCAGAUGUGCUACUUGAAUAUCUAGAAUGAAGCUGGUAAUGAAGAAAUUGCCAUUUCUGAAGCAGAUAUGAAAUAUAAUCUGAUUAAUUAAAGCAACUGGCCUUUUAAAAGAGAAGAAUUCCUUAAGAGGGGAGAGGUAGAAGCAGCUGACAGUUGCAUAUCUAACCUUCCCCUUUUUACUCUUGUUAAAUUGUAAGCCUGUUAUCUUUUUUUUUGGAUUGUAUUUGCAGCACUUGGAUAAUCACAGGAAGUAUGUAAGAAAGGGCUUGGACCAACUUGAAAAGCUGGACCUGGAAACCAAGAUCAAGUUCCAGUUUGAUUUAAUUUUCUUUUUAGUUAUUUUAUGACUCAAAGGGAAAGCUUAGAACUGAGUUUAAUAAUUGAAAGGAUAAAUCUUUUCUGUUACUCCUGUAAAACCACUGGGGUGUUUCAAUCCAUGCAUUUUUCUUCACUAUUCAAGAUUAUAAAUCUGUCGGGUUUUUAAAAUACAUUUAAACAAACAGUUGAGAAGCAGAAGUUUGGUACAUUGUCAGAUCCCCUUAAGGGGAAGAGUUUAAGCUAUAAAAUAGUGGCUUUGUUUUUAUUCCAAAACAUACAUAUGCUGUUUGUUUUGGAUUUAUUUUACAUGCAUUUAUAUAUUUUUUAAUACUGGUAAAAUCUUAGCAUCUUGGCUAAAUCUUAGAAUUCUGGCCCUUCGUAGCCAUAUUACAGAAGUCUAUUGUAAAAGCUAAAGGUAUGAACAGGUUUCCAAAAACUUUACUUUCAUGAGUAUAUAACCUUAGCAGAGACCUGAAUAACAUUUAUUCUUUGGUACACUACGCACGCGUGUGUAUGUAUGUAUGUGUGUGCGUGUGUGUGCUUAUAUUUUAAAUUUGUUGCACUUGAAAACCACAGCUGCUCUAAAUUCUUAAACACUGGAAAGCCAUCCUUUGGUUUCAUUGGUGGAGGGUUAGGAGAAAUGCACAUGCUGGUCUUAGCCCAGGGCCCUUUGAAGCCUUCGGUAGUAAUAGACUCUUACUAGCUAACUGAAGAAUUCUUUUGUUGACUGAGUGUCCCUUUAGGAGGGUUGGUUUCUUGAAAGAUGAUGCCAGCUUUGUUUUUCUUUCUUUCAAUAUUGACUUGGAUGACACUGCUCUCCUAAGCACUCUGCUGCCUCCAGUUGUGGGAAAAGUAUGAAGGGAAAGGGAUUUGGACUUGAUGUUUAUAGUUUGAGAGGGGAGAAAAUAAAUUUUGAAAAAUAGCUUUCUACCUCUAAUUGAGGCUUAGCAGUAAAAAGCAUUUUAUCUUAAAUUUUCAUUUAAAAGAGUAACUUUUGAGCCCAUGUCAAACAUUGAGCAGUUAGAGAUUUUAUAGGGAAGACUUAAGUUAAUCUAGUCCCUAAGAACCCUGACUGAAUGAGGCUUCAGGAGUCAGACCAACAAAAGUUUUAUUCUGUGUUGCGUUUACUGGUAAGAAUAUUAUUAUCUUGAUACUACCUCUCAAGGGUAUUGUUAGAAAAUGCCACUUACGGUUAAUGAGAUAGAUACAAAGAGUUAUAUUGACAGAAGCUUGAAACUCUGGCAUCUAUCUGCCCAACAGUGGGGGCUUUCACUCUCUGUAAUUUAAUAUUUUGUAGAUAUACAUUAUUUGUGUGUAAUUUUAUAAGUGUUCAUAUUUUUCUCAUUUUGCAUUGUGUAAAGUGUACAAUAUCUCAAAGUAUAAAAUACUGCUUAUAUUGCUUGUAAUUACAGUGUGUAAAUAUUUUCUAAUCGUGUACAUUGAAAGGGGGAACGAGUGGGUUAUUCAGGUUUUUUUUUUUUAAGUGACCCUUUUGUAUUGCAGUUUCAACAGAUAACUGCUCAUCAAAUUUAAAACCACUUUGAUAGAUUUUAUUUAGGAGUUCCAAUAAGAAAAGUCUCUAUUUUUAAUUGUCUCUCUCCAUUGGAAAAAAGUUCAUCAUCUGUCCCUUUAAAAUAAAUGACCAAACAUCAAUUUGAACCGCUACAUAUAUGACUUGGUAGAUAUCCUUAGUCUCCAGGUCAUAUUCCAACAGUAUUUUCACUGGGGGCUCAAAAAUUUUUGUGAGUCUCUUUAGCACAAGUAGCCCAUGGUUUUUCUCCCAAAUCAAGUAUUAUCCUUCACCCUCUGAGUCCCCAUGCUUUGUCUCCCUCCUGCUGCUGUUGCCCUGUGAAUGGGAUGGUAGUGGGGGGGAAUAUGUUCGUUGCACAGAGAAUGUCAGGUCACUUUUUGGACUUGGCAAACAAAGCUUGCACUGAGUGGUGGUGUGUUUGGCAAUAUUACUGUGUCAAAAAUCACCUUGUCUAAUUUUCUGGAUCUGUAUGUCAAACUUAUUGCCCUUAUUGCAAGCUGAAAAUUAAGGUACUUGCAAGUGUUUAUGCUUUUGUGUGUAACUGUUUGCCUUAUCUAAACUGCUCUUCUUGUUAUCCUAAACUAUAAUUCUGUUGGUUAUAUCAUGUUAAGUGAAGAGGCUUUCCAUGCACAAAAUGCAUCUAUGUAGCAGUAAAGUAACAUUUGUACAUUUUCUGUUUGUCUCCUGAUGGCAGUGGUGCCUUUGUCACCUUUUAGAAGGCUGGCAUUUUAUUUUUAAGUACAAGUAAUAGCUUGCUUUUGACUUCACAAAAAUCUCCCCAGACGUAGAAGAAAAUGGCGUGUUGUCAUCCAGGCUCAGUUGGAGUAUUUGCAUAUUUAUUUCUGUCAAAAUAAGUAUAGUUGGUGGGGAUGGGCCAGUAAUAAUGUGUGGAGUCUUUAAACCAAGAGUAAUUUUGACAUUUAAAAAAUAAAAAUUGAAGAGGUGCCCCAUUAGCGAGUGACUGAGUUGGAGAAGUAGAGGAGGACCGCUCUGGUUUGUCUCUUUAGGAGGCACGUUGGAGUACAGGUGGCUUGGGCAUGUAGCGUGUGAUCUGCGGUUAUUUCUUACUCAUUAACAGUGUUGGUGCACCUCAUUAUCUGUGCAUUUGUUUUCCCUGGGCAGUCCUGUGAGCCAGGUAAUCCACCAGCUUUUAGGAAGUUUACAAGUAAUUGCAGAUUUCCUUUUUCUUCCUGUUUUUUUUUUUUUCUUUUUUAAACAAAUUUUAUACUACGUCUUGCUUAACGUCCUAUGAAUGUAUGUGUCUGCUAUUAAAAUGGCUUUUUCCCAGUUUGAA